GUCAAAGUCUACUUGCACAACAAUAGUGAUUCGUUUUACAGUGACGAUACACAAAAAAUAAUUAAUUCGUUGUAAUUAAUAAACUUUAAACAUACAUUGAAAUAAAUUAUCCAAGCUGGCAUCUAGAAGAGUGUUCCUGAUAGGUUUUCAUAGCUUUUCACCGACUUUAACGUAUCGAGCGGGCUCCAAUAGGUUAGAAUCUGCUUUUUGUAUUGAUUGGGUUUGCUGCUGUUGUGAUUAGUAUCGUAAUAGUGCUUGUUAGUACAAGCUACAUAUACAGCCAGCGACGUUCUCACUCAAUGACGGUGCCACAGUACGCGCCGCGGUCCCCGGGCCGGGCUCCGAGCCCUGUGGAGCUUCGCCCCGGCGGUGGCAGUGACUCACCCUCUAACAUAAUCAAAAGAUAUGACAACAUCAUUAAAAGUCCCGAAGAUAAAAGAGACUACAGAGGUCUCAAGCUCUCUAACCACCUUAAAGUGUUGCUCGUGAGCGACCCGACCACGGACAAGUCGGCCGCGGCGUUAGAUGUCAAUGUUGGUUAUUUGAGUGACCCGGACGAGGUGCCCGGACUCGCUCAUUUCUGUGAACACAUGCUGUUCCUGGGCACACAGAAAUAUCCAGAGGAAAAUGAGUAUAACAAGUUCCUCUCUGAACACGGGGGCUCCUCAAACGCCUCUACUUCAUCAGACCACACCACUUACUACUUCGACGUGUUGCCGCAACACCUCGGCAGGGCUCUGGACAUUUUCGCUCAGUUCUUCAUCUCGCCGCUCUUCACGGAGGGCGCCACCGGUCGCGAACUCUCCGCCGUGAACUCGGAACACGAGAAGAACACCUCCUCGGACACGUGGCGCCUCGACCAGCUCAAUAAGAGCACAGCGGAUGACAAUCACCCCUACCACAAGUUUGGCACCGGUAACCGCGACACGUUAGAGAGGAUACCGAGGGAGAGGGGCAUCGACGUGAGGCAGGAACUGCUGAAGUUCCACCAGAAGUGGUACUCCGCUAAUAUCAUGACCCUGAUCGUUGUGGGGAAAGAAAGCCUGGAUGAUCUAGAAGGUAUUGUUGUGAAACUUUUCUCCGAAGUGGAGGACCGGGGCGUGACCGCGCCCACCUGGCCGGAGCACCCCUUCCCCCCGCACCUGAGGAAGAAGAGAGCGUACUGUUGCCCCGUUAAGGAUCUAAGGUCGCUGUCCAUAGACUUCCCCAUACCGGAUACGAGGAAACACUACAAGAGUGGACCGGGCCAUUAUUUAUCACAUCUUCUGGGACACGAGGGUCCCGGCAGCUUGUUGGCAGCUCUCAAACACCGAGGCUGGUGCAACAGCCUGGUGGGUGGAACACGUAUUGGAGCUCGUGGGUUCGGCUUCUUCGGAGUGCAGGUGGACCUGACUGAGGAGGGGGUGAAGCAUAUCGAUGAGAUCGUUGAGCUGGUCUUCCAGUACAUCAGUAUGUUACGCGAGUCCGGAACCCAGCGCUGGGUGUGGGAAGAGCAGCGAGAUCUGAUGGCUUUGGAGUUCCGCUUCAAAGACGCGCAGGACCCUCGAACGAUGGCGGCGGGUCACGUGCACCUGCUGCAGGAGUUCCCUAUGGAGGACGUGCUGUCCGCGUACUACCUCAUGACGGACUGGCGCCCGGACCUCGUGGACGAAAUGCUGAAGAUGCUGACGCCGGAGAACGUGCGUGUGGGCGUGGUCGCCAAAUGUUUCGAGAAGAAAUGCACUCAGAUUGAGCCGUGGUACGGAACCAAAUAUCUCCAGGAAGAUAUUGAAGAGAGUCUGCUGAAGCGUUGGGAGUCCGCCCAGCCGACUUCCGAGCUCCACCUUCCGCCGCCGAACGAGUUCAUCCCCACCAACCUGGCCCUGGAGACCUCGCCCGACCCCACCAAGGACGGCAUCGCACCGGUUAUAAUCAAGGACACGCCGCUGAUGAGACUCUGGUACAAGCGGGACGGUGAGUUCCAGCUGCCAAAGUCAUUCGUCACUUUGGAUCUCGUGAGCCCGCUCGCGUACUCGGACCCUGUCUGCUGCAACCUAACGUCAAUAUGGGUUCUGUUACUGCGGGACAGUUUGCAGCAGUUCGCUUACUCUGCAGAACUCGCAGGUCUGAGGUGGAGCGUGGGCAACGCUAAAUAUGGACUCAGUAUAGCGAUAGACGGCUAUGAUGAGAAGCAGCACGUGUUGCUGGAGAAGAUCAUGGAACACCUGGUGAACUUCCACGUGGACCCCGCGAGGUUCAAGGUCAUGAAAGAGAGUCACAUAAGAGCCAUCAGGAACUUCGAGGCUGAACAACCAUAUCAGCACGCCGUCUACCAGCAGGCCAUGUGUCUCUCCGACUUAGUGUGGACGAGGUGUCAGUUACUGGAAGCAGCACACAGCUUAACACCGGAACAGUUAACCGAGUUCACCAUGCUGCUGAUGAGGCGUGUCCACGUCGAGGGCCUCAUGUUCGGGAACCUGACGAGGGAGCGAGCCCUGGAGGUCGCGGACAGUAUAGAAGACAAAUUACCGAAGGACGCGACGCCGCUGCUGGCCCAGCAACUGUUAUUGUACAGAGAAAUCGAAAUCGAAAAAGGCUCGUGGUUUCUCCGCGAGAUCGAGAACAGUGUUCACAAGUCGUCGUGCGCGUCCGUGUACUACGCGUGCGGCGUGCGGCGGGUCAGGCAGAACGUUGUUCUGGAGCUGCUGGCCCAGGCUCUGAGCGAACCCUGCUUCCAUGUGCUGAGGACACAGGAACAGUUGGGUUACAUAGUGUUUAGUGGUAUCCGCCGCUCUAACGGGGUCCAAGGUCUGCGUGUGAUCGUUCAGAGCGACCGACAUCCGGCGUACUUGGAAGACAGGAUUGAAAAUUUCAUACGGAGGUCGCAGGAAUAUCUGGAGAAUAUGACGGAAGAAGAGUUCCUUAAACAUCGGUCGUCCUUAGCGGCUCAGAAGCUCGAGAAGCCAAAGAGAUUGGCGACCAGAGCCUCGCAGAUGUGGAGCGAGAUAACAGCUCAGGUGUACAACUUUGACAGGAUGCACGUAGAGGUUGAGGAGUUGAACACAGUCACUAAGGACGAACUACUGGAAUUCUAUAAGAAGCACAUAAGCCCCAAGUCUCUGGAGCGUCAGAAGCUGUCAGUGUAUGUAGUCUCUACAGCUGAAGGUGGCGCUGGGAACAAAGAGGCGAGCGAAGAAAAUGAUAACGAGACUCUACAACCAACGAAGAUCACGGACCUAGUGGACUUCAAGUCUAGGAGGAGAUUGUAUCCAAAUCCGCUGCCUUUCAUUAAUAUACCGCGGAAGGGGGCCCACUGCAAACUGUAGGCCCCUGGGGGCUUUAAGUCUGGGGCCUAGAAUUUAGACCCCUGGGAGCCUUGAAUCUGGGGCCCUAAACUUAGUCUAGACCUAAACAUAAAAUGAAUGAUAUUCUGUUUUUAUAGCUGAAAUUUUAAGUGGCUUCGAUAUUAUAAAUUAGGGGCCUAAUGACACUUAAAAUUCUCAAGCACCGGAACAGAAAUGAAUAGCUCCUUAAGUCUCAGUUAUGGAGACUGAAUAUAAUUACACAUUUCUAUUAUGAUUUUAACACAAUAAAAUGAAAUAAAAUAGUUUUAUUUUUUCAAUUCAUAUAUAAACAAAAAUAUAUGUAUAUACAUAUAUAUAUUUUUUUUAUUUUUAUUUUUUUAAAGUUUUUUUUUUCCAUAAUUUUUAAAUGUAAAAAAACUCAUGUAAAUUUUAUGUUUAACAUAAAAGACAUUGAUACUUUGUGAGUUGUAAAAUAACGAUAAGGAUAAAUAAAUAUGCGAAUUA